AAACGCGGUGACCCAGGAAAGAGUCCGGUUUAGGACUGAACAUGGACAAGGAUCCGGUGGCUGAGAAGAUCUUGAGCCUCACCCUGGAGAUCAUCUCCCUGCUGAGCGGAGAGGAUUAUAUGAUUGUGAGGAAGCCCAGUGACUGCGUCCCACCCAGCGACAGCCCCCGUGUGUCAGACGGACACCCCGGGACCCGGAGCCCCAGCCCGGUGCCUCCACCUCACUCGCUGACCCACGAGAGGAACCGCGAGCAGAAGAUCCUGGAACUGACCAACAAGAUGAUGUCCCUGCUGACUGGAGAGGUGAGCGCUGCUGGGAACGGGACGUUAUACAGUAACACCGAGGCGUGUGUCUGGAUGGUGACGGCUCAUUGUGUGUCUCAGGUUCCUGUAAGGUGUGAUGAUGUCACCGUCUAUUUCUCCAUGGAGGAGUGGGAGUAUUUAGAAGGACACAAGGAGCUUUACAGGGACGUGAUGAUGGAGACCCACCAGCCCCGCGGCUCUCCGGACGCAUCCGAGGUCAGAGAUCGAGCCCCUGAUUCUCCGCUGGACUGUAAGACGUCUCAUUUUAUUAAGGAGGAAUCCGCCUCAUGUGAAGAGACAGACAUUUGUGACGCGGCGGAGUCUCCACAGACAGAGCUCACAUCGACUCAUAAUGAGGACGGAUCCCCCUCAGAUGAAGAUGGAAAUGUCUCAGCCCCCGAUACACACACAGAGCACGACGGGGGGGAUAAUACGUCUGUCCACGUAAAGGAGGAAUCCGCUUCCAAUGAGGAUUAUUGGAUCCCAACCGAACACAAGGAAUCUACUUCUACUGAUAAAACCCAAACCAGUAACACACAUUUUCAGUGUGAAACACCCCCCGAUGAGGGUACAUAUAGCUGCCCCGAGUGUCAGGAACAGUUUACCAGUGACUCUGAUCUUAUUCAACAUCAGACCAUCCAUGAUAGAUCAGUGGUCUCCUCUCUGGACUGCGGGAAAACUUGUCAGCGUAUUCAUAGAGAUGAGAAGCCUUAUUCCUGUCCUGAGUGCGGGAAACGUUUUAAUCACAAGUUUGAUUUCGUACGCCACCAGCGAACUCAUACGGGUGAAAAACCAUUUCCAUGUCCUGAGUGCGGGAAACAUUUUAGCAGGAACUGGCACCUUGUUCAACAUCUUAGAAUUCACUCCAAGGAGAAGCCUUUCUCGUGUUCAGAGUGUGAGAAAUCUUUUAACAGUAACUGGCAACUUGUUCAGCAUUUUAGAACUCACACCGGCGAGGAGCCGUAUUCCUGUCCUGAGUGCGGGAAACGUUUUAAGAGCAGCUCUCACCGCACUCAACAUCUCAGAGUUCACACCGGGGAGAAGCCUUUCUCGUGUUCCGAGUGUGGGAAACGUUUCAAGCAAUACUCGAGUUUCAGCUACCACCAGCGGACUCACACGGGAGAAAAACCAUUUCCAUGUUCAGAGUGCGGGAGAUGUUUUAGUAGUAAGGCAAGCCUUGGUCAGCACGUAGGCGUUCAUGCGGAGGAGAAGCCUUUUUCCUGUUCUGAAUGCAGCAAAUCUUUCACCAACUCCGCAAGUUUUGCUCUCCACCAGCGGACUCACACAGGAGAGAAACUAUUGUCGUGUUCCGUGUGCGGAAAAUGUUUUACCAGCAACUUUCACCUCGUUCAACAUUUCAGAAUUCACACCGGUGAGAGGCCUUUUGCAUGUUCUGAGUGCGGGAAACGUUUUAACAGGAAUUGGCACCUUGUUCUACAUCUCAGAAUUCACAGCGGGGAGAAGCCUUUUUCAUGUUCCCAGUGCGGGAAAUGUUUCAAACAAAGGUCCCAUUUUGUGGCCCACCAGCAGACUCAGCACGGAUGAAAAACCAUUUCCGUGAGUUUGGAAACGUGUGAGAAAUGUUUAGUAGGCGCAAGAGAUUCGGUUAAUGUCUCAGAAUUCACACCGGGCAGAAGCCUUAUUCUUGUUC